GCGAGACGAGAGGAGAGCAGAUCGCUUACUUAGCCAGAGAGAGAGAGAGGAGAGAGAGGGAGGAGAGGUUCUCGCGGCGGCGAAUGAUUGGGGCGCAUGUGUGGGACAACCAGAUCCUAGCUGCUCAUCGCGAUACAAAUCCCAUCCCCGUCUCCCCCCCAAUUCCAUCGCUGUCCUCCAAUCUCUCCUCUCUCCCAAUCAUCGUCUCAUCUGCGCGCCGUCUCUCCCCCCGAUUCGGCUUCGUCCCCGCCGCCGUACUGCGCCGCCGCCGGUGCCGACCUGCUGCUGCUGCGGGGGAGAUCUGUCCGGGUGUGCGGCUGAUUCGCUUUCCGUCGCUGCAGCUCUACAGGUUUCUUCGGCAGCAACUGUAGUAGAAAAGAAAGAGGGGAAGAUUCGCAGUUCAUAUGGCAAAACCUGCUAAUAGCAUUGGCCGUAGCACGCCAAGAUCAAAUGAGGGGAUGAGGCUCAUAUUCUCGGCAGUUGUUGGUGUUAUGUUGGGAUACUUGUUUGGGGUUUCCUUCCCUACAGUAAAUAUAACCAAGCUUCACUUCCCUUCCAGUAUUAUCUCCUAUAUAGAAGAUAGGAACUCUGGCAUCACAACCCAGACAUUGUUAAAUCAUGCGUGGGCAUCUGCAAAUCGUCAUAACAAAAACAAUUCCGAUUCAACCUCUGAAGAAGUUCCUAAGAUUUAUGUUCCCACAAACCCUAAAGGUGCUGAAAGGCUCCCACCAGGCAUUGUUGUUUCUGAAACAGAUCUUUUUCCACGGAGAUUGUGGGGUGAUCCUAGUGAGGACCUGAGUAGCGAACCACGGUACCUUGUUACUUUUACAGUUGGAAUUACACAGAAGGCUAAUAUUGAUGCUGCUGUCAAAAAGUUUUCAGAUAAAUUCACUAUCAUGCUAUUCCAUUAUGAUGGCCGGACUACUGAAUGGGAUGAAUUUGAGUGGUCUAAAAGAGCUAUCCAUGUGAGUGUCAGGAAGCAGACUAAGUGGUGGUAUGCAAAGCGGUUUUUGCAUCCUGAUGUUGUUGCCCGAUAUGACUACAUAUUCAUCUGGGAUGAGGACCUAGGUGUUGAGCAUUUCAAUGCAGAGAAGUAUAUUGAACUUGUUAGGAAGCAUGGGCUAGAUAUCUCUCAGCCUGGUUUGCAACCUGACAAGGGACUGACAUGGCAAAUGACAAAACGGCGAGGUGAUCAAGAAGUUCACAAAGUUACUGAGGAGAGGCCAGGCUGGUGCACUGAUCCCCAUCUGCCACCAUGUGCAGCAUUUGUUGAAAUCAUGGCAACCGUGUUCUCUAGGGAUGCAUGGCGCUGUGUCUGGCAUAUGAUUCAGAAUGACUUGGUCCAUGGAUGGGGUCUUGAUUUCGCUCUAAGGAAAUGUGUGGAGCCUGCUCAUGAGAAGAUUGGAGUCGUCGAUGCUCAAUGGAUUGUUCAUCAAGCUGUGCCAUCACUUGGAAACCAGGGCAACGCAGAGAAUGGAAAAGCACCAUGGGAAGGGGUAAGAGCACGCUGUAGGAAAGAAUGGGAGAUAUUUCAAACGAGGCUGGCCGAUGCCGAGAAGGCAUACUACUUAUCACAAGGAAUCACACCACCCAACUCGACCCUAGUUUAGAAGAACACACGAACACGACACGACCUCACCUGUGAUGGCAAGGUUUCUAUUUCGGCAACCUAGCUGGACCUUCCAUAUUAUUCAGUACGUUCAUCAAAGCAGGUGCCUCUAUAUAGAGCUACAGUUCCUUUGCCAGAUUUGUACAUGGAAAGCUCUCGUGGAUCCCACGACUACUGUUUAAUCCUAGCUUUGGUUCAGUUGGUUCUAGUCUCAUUUUGUUUUUGGGUAGUGUGACUAGCUGCGAUGUAAGUAGGCGAUGUAGCAUGGAUUCUGAGGGCCGAGCACUUUGUUUAUACAAUCUGUUGUAUCAUUGACUGGAUGCAAUGUUGGCGUUGCAUUGAUUCCCAUUACUUGUUUCAUCAUGUAAAUUAUUCAGCUGGUCUUACUGUUUUAUGGAGUUAAGGUCGAGCAUUUUGUUUUA